AUGCGCAUCUUCCUCCUCCCCAUCUCGACCCGGCGCACCUUAAUAUACUGCGAACGCAUCCAAGAAUCCCUCCAAAAGCCUGGUCAGAAACUAGCCAUCUCAGAACGGAUACUCAACCGCGUCUCUACAACCUGGGCAGGCUGGGAGAAAGCAGAAAAGGGCUGGCAGAAGAAGACUACUGUUUACGCGAAUUACCUCUUCUCGCGAAUACCGUACGAAGAAUGGGGCCUCAAAUCGUUCCCUCCAGCCACGAAGAAGAAGCUGGAGGAGGUAGAUGCUGGGAAGCAUGAGGUCGAGUGUCUCUAUCCUGGUGCCUUCGUCAAAGGCGGACGCGUGAGUGAGCUUUUGAAGAAGCUUGCGACGGAGCGACAAGCAUUUCAUCGACGGGCGUUCUGGACGAAUGUUGCGUUGAUGCCGAUUUCUGCCCCCUUUACUUUGGUGCCAAUUAUUCCCAAUCUUCCCUUCUUCUGGCUCUGCUUUCGCGCAUACUCUCAUUAUCGUGCGUUAUAUGGCGGCAGAUUCCUCGAGCACGUUACAUCAAAAAACCUUGUAAAGACGACUGAUAGUCGACUGAUGGAUGAGCUAUAUGCUGCCGGACUACGGCAUCCGACUCGCGAGGCGUCGAGAGACGCUACGAAGCCAUCAGAUGAGGAGAUCGAGGUUGUGGUCAAGGACGUUGAGACGAAGGCGGGCCCUGAGGGAAGUGAGGGCAAAGAGAUCAUGUUACUUCAGAGGUGGAAUGGUAAGCUGAUCGCGGAGGACUUCAAGCUGGCGGAAAUGGAAAUCGAGAUUGAGAGGGCUGUAGAGCAGGUCGAGAAGGUCGUGUUUAGCGAAAAGAAGAAGCUGGAGGAGGGUCAAGUUGAAGAGAGGAGUGUCUCCGAUGCAGCGUCCGAAGAGACGAAAACAAACACAGCAGAAUCUGAGAUCAGGCGAGCAAAGCGGUAG